AACACCAAUGCUACGUGAAAAUUUUUUGGGAAUAAAAAGGCCCCCUGGUUGGGUAGACAACUCAUAGUCACAUUAAGUCUUCAGUAAAGAAGAUUAAUUUGUGAAGUUUGCAAACAUGAAGCUGUUUCUCUUCGGAUUGCUCGUUUUGGGCCUUGCCACUUCCGGCGCCCUUGCUCAGGCUACAACUGAUCCAGUUGUAACGGAUCCCGUUCCAACUGAACCAACCCCAACUGAACCAACCCCAACUGAACCAACCCCAACUGACCCAACCCCAACUGACCCAACCCCAACUGACCCAACCCCAACUGACCCAACCCCAACUGACCCAACCCCAACUGACCCAACCCCAACUGAGCCAACCCCAACUGAACCAACCCCAACUGAACCAACCCCAACUGAACCAACCCCAACUGAGCCAACCCCAACUGAGCCAACUCCAACUGAGCCAACCCCAACUGAGCCAACCCCAACUGAGCCAACCCCAACUGAGCCAACCCCAACUGAGCCAACCCCAACUGAGCCAACCCCAACUGAGCCAACCCCAACUGAGCCAACUCCAACUGAACCAACCCCAACUGAGCCAACCCCAACUGAGCCAACCCCAACUGAGCCAACCCCAACUGAGCCAACCCCAACUGAACCAACUCCUACUGAACCCCAGCCUGAACCUACCCCAACUGAGCCCCAGCCUGAACCUCAACCUGAGCCACAGCCACAACCUGAAUCAGAUGAAUCUGGCUCUUCGUCAAGUGAAGAGGAUUGCGGAAGCGACCAGCCACAGCAACAACCCCAGCCACAGCCCCAGCAACCCCAACCAAAGCCACAGCAACCCCAACCAAAGCCACAACAACCUAAGCCCGCUAGCCGUGAAGACAGCAGCGAAGAGAGACAUCGUCGUCCACUCAUCCCAAUCUUCCCAAUUACGAACCUUUUCCAAAAUUUGCAGAAGCAAAUGCAACAGCAACAGCAACGUCGCCAGGAAAUGUGGAACCGUUGGUUCCGCGGGUAAAUCACCAUCUGACAACCCUUUCCCCCCUGGAUUACAUGAAGACGACAAUGGCAUUGGCAAAAUGGCAUUAAAAAUGUGGAUUUAGUAAUAUUUUGUUGCUGAAUUCUGAGUUAGUGUUUGGGAGUUAUCAAUUAAAUUGCAUUUGAAAAAUUAAA